AUGGGUAACGCUUUAAAUAAAUUAUUAAAACAUUAUAGAAACGUCGAAAAAAAAAAAAAUGAAUAUAAAUUUGGUAAGAUACUUGGAUGUGGAUCCUUUGGGGUUGUGAGAGAAUGUAUUAACAAAAUGACAAAAGAAGUGUAUGCAGUGAAAAUAAUUAAGAAAAAGAAAAAACACAAAAAGAGUUACAAUUUUGAGAAAAUGGUAAAAAAUGAGAUUAAAUACUUGUCUAUAAUGAGUCAUGAAAAUAUUAUUAAGUUCAAAGACUUUUUUGAAGAUAAAAAUAAGUUUUAUAUAGUGUUAGAAAAAUGUGAAGGAGGAGAAUUAUUUUAUAAAGUUGUUAAAAAUAAAUGUUUGAUGGAGAGUGAAUCAGCUUUAAUUGUUAGACAGAUUUGUUGUGCAUUACAAUACCUGCACUCAAAUAAUAUUAUCCACAGGGACAUAAAAGCCGAAAAUUUCCUCUUCAAAAAUAAAAAUACAAAAAAUAUAAAACUUAUAGAUUUCGGAAUGGCAAAAAGGGUUAAUUGUGAAUAUCUAACCGAAUUGUGUGGCUCGCCACAUUACAUUUCACCUGAACUGAUCAGAAAAAAGUAUACAAUGUCUUCUGAUAUAUGGGCCCUGGGUGUUAUGGUUUUUUUCAUGUUAACUGGGAAGUAUCCAUUUGAAGGAAAGAAUACUCCAAAAGUUGUGGAUGAAAUAUUAAACAAAAAUAUAAAUUGGAAAGGCAAAGAAUUUUCUUCCUUAUCAAUAGAGGCUGUGGAUUUUUUAAAAAGACUUCUAGAAAGAAAUGAAAAGAAAAGAUUAACUGCUUAUCAGGCACUUAAUCAUCCAUGGAUUACAUCUCAAGUAGGAUAA